UGUACAUACGGAGUAUAAUGAGCCUAAUCCUCGAGCAUAAGUGGCGCCCUGCGAGCCACGCCAGAAAUAAAGUGUUGCGGUUCCCAAAAGGGCAAGCCACCAGUCAGGUGCCGGCGGUGCUGACAUAAGAGCCCUACCGAGGACGCUAGACCGUGGAAGGUUAGUGUUCUUAGUCAGCCGCCCACAGAGGGAAAUCUCGCUACACCACCAAAAAAAUCCCACGAAGAACGAAUCCCCGACGACCUGAACCUCCUCGACCGUCGACAAACCCGCGCCCUCCGUCUUGACCGCGCAGCUCCGUCAAGAUGAAGCUCAACAUCUCCUACCCGGCCAAUGGGUCGCAGAAGAUCAUCGAGAUCGACGAUGAGCGCAAGCUCCGUCCCUUCAUGGAGAAGCGCAUGGGAACCGAAGUUUCCGGCGACUCCCUCGGUGACGAGUUCAAGGGCUACAUCCUCAAGAUCACCGGUGGUAACGACAAGCAAGGUUUCCCCAUGAAGCAGGGUGUUCUCCUCCCCACCCGUACCCGCCUCCUCCUCGCCGAUGGCCACAGCUGCUACCGCCCCCGCCGCACUGGUGAGCGCAAGCGCAAGAGUGUCCGUGGUGCCAUUACCGGUCAGGACCUCGCUGUUCUUGCCCUGAGCAUCGUCAAGCAGGGUGAGGGUGAGCUUCCCGGUCUCACCGACACCGUUGUCCCCAAGAGACUCGGCCCCAAGCGUGCCACCAAGAUCCGCCGCUUCUUCGGUCUCGACAAGAAGGACGACGUCCGCAAGUUCGUCAUCCGUCGUACCGUCACCCGUGAGGGCAAGCCCGACUACACCAAGGCCCCCAAGAUCCAGCGUCUGGUUACUCCCCAGCGUCUCCAGCGCAAGCGCCAGCGCGUUGCCCUCAAGCGCCGCCGUGCUGAGGCCGCCCGUGAGGCUGCUAACGACUACGCCAAGCUCCUUGCCAGCCGUGUCCACGAGGAGAAGGCCAAGCGUGACGAGCUCCGCAAGCGGAGAGCCUCUUCCAUGCGGAAGUAGAUGUGUCUGUCCGGGGGUUAAUGGUCGGGUGACGU